GAUCAGUAUGAGCUCAGUGCGCCGGCAGGAGGAAGCUGAUGGUGGCGGAUCACAGAUGUAGUGCAGGUCGCUGAGACUCCGUCUGUCACUUUUAAAACAGCUCGUUUGUGUCCGACAUCACCGCGGAAUGGGAAAGAGCGGACUGCACAGUUACGACGCAUGAAUGUGUCUUGUAAUGCGGCUGAGAGGAGCUUCCUUUCGGGGGGAGACAUUAAUGUUUCGGGACGGUUUUGUUGGAGUAGCUAGUUGCUAGCGCUGGGGCUAGCGACUGUGCUGGUUACUUGGACGUAUUUCUGCAAGGAUGCUACGGUGGAUCCGACAGCAGCUGGGCUUUGACCCCCCUCAUCAGAGUGAAACCAGGACGAUUUAUGUGGCAAACCGUUUCCCCCAGCAUGGCCACUACGUACCACAACGCUUCGCUGACAACAGAAUCAUCUCCUCCAAGUACACAAUUUGGAAUUUUGUCCCUAAGAAUCUGUUUGAGCAGUUCAGAAGGAUAGCCAACUUCUAUUUUCUCAUUAUCUUCCUCGUGCAGUUAAUGAUAGACACCCCAACUUCCCCAGUCACCAGUGGUCUGCCUCUCUUCUUUGUGAUCACAGUAACUGCUAUAAAACAGGGCUACGAGGAUUGGCUGAGACACAAGGCGGACAACGAGGUGAAUGGGGCUCCAGUGUUUGUGGUUCGCAGUGGAAGUCUGGUCCAGACAAGGUCCAAGAACAUCAGGGUGGGGGACAUUGUUCGUGUGGCUAAAGAUGAGACAUUCCCAGUUGACCUGGUGUUGCUGUCAUCAGAUCGUGAAGAUGGCACCUGUCACAUCACGACAGCCAGCCUCGACGGAGAGACCAACCUUAAGACUCACUACUCUGUGGCGGAGACAGCAGUGUGUCAAUCGGUGUCCCAACUGGAGGCUCUGCAGGCUGUGGUGGAGUGUCAACAACCGGAAGCUGACCUAUACAGGUUUGUCGGUCGGAUUACAGUGACUCAGCAUGGAGAGGAGAUAGUAAGACCGCUGGGUCCAGAGAAUUUGCUGCUACGAGGAGCCAGGUUGAAAAAUACCAAAGAGAUUUUUGGUGUGGCAGUUUACACAGGGAUGGAGUCCAAGAUGGCCCUCAACUAUAAGUGCAAGUCCCAGAAACGCUCUGCGGUUGAGAAGUCCAUGAACACCUUCCUAAUCAUCUACCUGGGCAUCUUGCUGUUCGAGGCCAUCCUCAGCACCAUCCUGAAGUAUGCCUGGCAGGCUGAGGACAAAUGGGACGAGCCUUUCUACAACCAAAAGACUGAACAAGAGAGAAACAGCAGUCCGAUCUUGAAGUUCAUCUCAGACUUCUUGGCCUUUCUGGUCCUCUAUAACUUCAUCAUCCCGAUCUCGCUCUACGUUACUGUGGAGAUGCAGAAGUUCCUGGGCUCCUUUUUCAUUGGCUGGGAUUUGGACCUUUACCAUGAGGAGAGUGACCAGAAAGCUCAGGUUAACACCUCUGACCUCAAUGAGGAGCUGGGACAGGUGGAGUAUGUGUUCACAGAUAAGACGGGUACGCUAACUGAAAAUGAGAUGCAUUUCCGUGAGUGUUCAAUUAACGGAACAAAGUACCGGGAAGUUAAUGGCAAACUGAUACCUGAGGGAAUGACUGACGAUUCGCCAGAUGGUUCUACGCCUCACCUGAUUGGUGAUGAAUUGUUAUUCGUCAAGGCGGUCUCAUUGUGUCACACGGUUCAGAUCAGCUAUGACCAGCCAGACUGCCUGGUUGGAGGAGGAGAUCCAUUCUCCCAUGCGAACGGUUUCUCCUCCACUCACAUGGAAUACUACGCCUCUUCACCGGAUGAGAAAGCUUUAGUAGAGGCAGCAAAGAGGAUCGGAGUAGCCUUCACUUGCUGCAAUGGAGAUACCAUGGAAAUUAAAACAUUUGGCAAGUCAGAGAGAUAUAAACUGCUCCAUGUGUUGGAGUUCGAUGCCAACCGCAGGAGGAUGAGCGUCAUACUACAGACACCCUCAGGGGGCACAGUGCUGUUCACCAAGGGUGCAGAGUCGGCAAUCUUGCCUUUCGCUACCGGUGGUGAGAUAGAAAAAACGAGACUGCACGUUGACGAGUUUGCCUUGAAAGGUUUGCGGACCUUGGUGGUAGCAUGUCGCCACUUCAGCCCAGAGGAGUACGAUGAUGUGGACAGACGUCUGAACGCUGCCCGCACUGCGCUGCAGCAGAGGGAGGAGAGACUGCAGGAGGCCUUCAGCUACAUCGAGAGAGACCUGCAGCUGCUGGGAGCAACGGGGGUUGAGGACAAACUCCAAGACAAAGUCCAGGAGACCAUUGAGGCUCUUCGGCUGGCAGGGAUCAAAGUAUGGGUGCUCACAGGGGACAAACACGAGACGGCAGUCAGCGUCAGCCUGUCCUGUGGCCACUUCCACAGAACCAUGAACAUCCUGGAGCUGCUGCAACAACGCUCUGAUAACGAGUGUGCUGAGCAGCUUCGCAUACUGGCCAGGAGGAUAAAGGAGGAUCAUGUCAUACAGCAUGGGUUAGUCGUGGAUGGGGCCAGUCUGUCUUUAGCGUUGAGGGAACACGAAAAGCUCUUUAUGGAAGUGUGUAAAAACUGUUCAGCUGUGCUGUGCUGCCGCAUGGCCCCGCUGCAAAAAGCUAAGGUGGUGCGUCUUUUAAAAACAUCUCCAGAGAAACCCAUCACCCUAGCUAUUGGGGAUGGAGCCAAUGAUGUCAGUAUGAUACAGGAAGCUCACGUGGGCAUAGGUAUCAUGGGGAAGGAGGGUCGUCAGGCCGUGAGAAACAGUGACUAUGCAAUUGCCAGGUUUAAGUUCCUGGCUAAACUACUGCUGGUCCACGGUCACUUCUACUAUAUUCGAAUAGCUACGCUUGUACAGUACUUUUUCUACAAGAAUGUGUGUUUUAUCACGCCCCAGUUUUUAUACCAGUUCUUCUGUCUGUUUUCACAACAAACUCUGUAUGACAGUGUUUAUCUGACACUGUACAACAUCUGCUUCACCUCCCUGCCCAUCCUGGUCUACAGUCUGUUUGAACAGCUGGUCCAUCCACACGUACUGCAGAAUAAACCUGGCCUGUACAGGGACAUCAGCAAGAACUCUCUGCUGUCUUUCCGGACGUUCCUGUACUGGACUCUGUUGGGCUUCUGUCACGCCUUUGUCUUCUUCUUUGGAUCCUACAUACUGAUGGGAGAAGACACUACACUUAUGGGCAAUGGACAGAUGUUUGGAAACUGGACAUUUGGAACGCUGGUCUUUACAGUCAUGGUCAUCACUGUCACAUUAAAGCUUGCUUUAGAGACUCAUUUCUGGACGUGGAUGAACCAUUUUGUGACAUGGGGUUCGAUUGCCUUCUACUUCAUCUUCUCCCUCUUCUAUGGAGGCAUCAUCUGGCCAUUCCUCCACACCCAGGACAUGUACUUCGUAUUCGUUCAGCUGCUGUCCAGCGGUUCGGCCUGGUUUGCCAUCAUCAUCAUCGUCAUUACCUGCCUCUUUCCUGAUGUGGUGAAGAAGGUCUUCUACAGACAUCUGCAGCCCACCAGCACACAAAAGAGUCAGUCUUUAUCAGCCACCCAGACGCAGGCCCUCAGCUGUGUGGAGUCCCUGUGCUGCUACCAACAUGGGCAAAGCGGCUGUUCCCGCCUGGCCCACCUCCUGGAGCAAAUAACCGGGCAGUGCCAGGCCAGCACCAACCAUUGUCACACAUCCAACCGCAGCAACAGGUCUUGGAGCGACACAGAGAACUUCUACUCCAACGAUCGCACCAUCCUGACGCUGUCGCCCAUCGAGGCCACCCACUGCUGACUCCCAGGGCCACUGACUGUAACACACAAGAGUUUGGGGAGAGCUACUGCUCUGCUAUGAGUCAUAAUCACGCCCCCACCCCUCCUGCCACCAUUUUAUAACCCCCUACUUCAGUUUAAAGAUGCAGACGCAGACGGGAGCCGUCGCUUUAUGUGAAACCAAAGGACUCGCCCCCCCGUGCAGCAAGCUGCUUUAUCCUUCACCAGUUUGUUUCCCCGAGAGAAUCCAUUCUUAGUAGAAAGCUUGAGAAGGACGUCAGAUGGGAGCUGAAACGUGGAAGGAAACAAAACAUGAAUUGUGGAGCAAGUCAGCGUGACACGAAGCCGACAUCUGCGGAGCUACUCCUGCAGAAAGAUCUGCUCAUAAUCUGAGCAGCAACAUCAGAUUCCUGCUGUUUACAGGGGGUCUGCAAGUCCUGCAAAAGCAUCGGAAAACACCAUAGUAAAUUCUGUACCUUUUUUAAGAUGUGUCAGCUCUUUGAGAUCAGCCCAGGUACAUGAACUCUCAUGCAGCUAUUUAUUAUUCACUUUAAGUACAGUUGCUAAGCUUUUUCUUGCAACGGUCAUCAAAAUGAGAGAAAGUCUUACAUAUUUGUAGACACAGAAUGGAGAUUCCUGAUGAUCUGGACUUUUUGCUACGAUAUUAUCUAAUGUCAGGCAUCAGUCGCGCUCGCAGCAUUGCAGCAUAAGGACUGUGACUGUGAAAGAGCAGGCUCUGACAUGCUUGUAGACACCAGCCUCCCGGAUCAUCCAUGUAGCAUCAGGACAGAAGCUGCGCAAACUACAUUAGAGGAAACCUCCGAGGUUCCCAACUUCAUAUUGCUUCCAUAAAUGGCUACAUAGACUUCCUCUUUGAGCUGUCGGCCACCGCUACACCUUUGUUUCUCUUUCAGAUGGAAAGGGGAAAGAGCUAUCCCACUCUCAGUCCUGUAGCAUUCAGAGCCUGGCUGGCCCUAACUGCUAGACUUGUCUCCCUCGGCCCUACAGUGCAGACCUACGAUACUUUGCAAGGAGAUUUAUCUCUGCCGUGGAACCAAAGACCAAAGGAUUCAGACUGGAGUUUAAAAGAUAAAGUGUUUAUUUUUGUGCCUGAUUGUACAGAAGCUUAUAUUGUUCAGAAGACUAUUAUUGUUCGUGCUGCUUUCUCGUCUGACUGUUCAGGCCUCUGUCUCCCCCGGCGCUUUUGCCCUGAAGGAGGCCUGAUGGGGUCUGUUUAAAAAGCCAUAUAUUUUCAAGAGGUUAUAUUAUUGAUAGAUUAUUGAAGGUACCGCAGAUAGAAGCUGUUUGAGCCUGUUGUUGUUUCUGUGUUCCCCUUAAAUGCCUUUUCUCAUUCAGCCUGGUUAACAAAGGCGUCUCAGGCCACGAUGCUCCGGGAAUAUUUUUAAGGUAAAAGUUUUUAUAACAUCUGUACGAACAGACAGGAGGUACAAUCAUCCCUCUUGGUUUGCUCAAAAAUAUUUCCCGAGUAUCGGAUCGGAUAAUGGUACCAUUUGGCUUUAAUGGUGAGAUGCUUUUCCGAACCGCGGCUGAUGCACAUCGACCCAGACGGCAGAAUGUCUCUAUCUUUAGAGAGAUAGAUAUCAGAUAAAUAGAAUUCAGCUUCAGUAGCGAUGAAAAGAAAAGCAGAGCGUUUGCACAAGUCACAUAUCGAAAUCACAUUUUGUUGUUUUUCUCAAAUCAUUGCUUGUUUCUCACCAUUGAAAUCAUCUCAUGUUUUUGCUGUUACGUUGUUCUUACCACAUGUUGAUGAAGUGUGUGUGUGUGUGUGGGGAAGUGUUGGUGUGUUUCUUGUGUGGCAGCCAUGUCGAAGGAAGUACGGUAGCCUUGUUGUAAGCUCUUGUGCGAUCUCAGCGGCCACAUGCUGCCUGCAGGUCAAAGGUCAAGGUUUCUUCCUCUUUGUCCCAAAAAGAAAAGAAAAAAUGAAUUGAGGAAAAGCUCGACGGUUCUUUUUUUUUUAGCAGACUUCAGUUGAGUUGAGUGUAAUGUAGGAACCUUUCAAGACAACCGUUUUAAACUUGACAUCAACAGCCACACAACAAUGACCGGUACAUGCCUCAGCUCACACAGAGAAUAUAGGAUGUUUGUGUCGCUACAGUAACUGUUCAGAGACAGUUAGGUGUUCCUCAGCAGCUCCAAAUCAGAGGGUCAAUAAUGUUUUUGUUAGUCAGUUCAUUGAAUAUUCUAUUUUCUAUAAGGUACACGUUUGAUGCAUAAUUGGGCCUGUUAUAUCCUUUCUGUUCAUACAGGUUACAAUGAAAGUGUCUAUUUAUUAUCGCAGUACUUUUUUGUUUCCUGUGUUUUCGUUGAGCCUUUUCUUACAUAUCAAUAUAUAUAUAUGUGCGUGUCCUGUUCAUGGCCUGAAUGCAGCAACUUCCCAGGAUGUUUUACUUGAUCUUAGAGAUGUAAUCAGGAGGUUGAACCUCCAUCGAAGCUAUUUUUAUUUGACCUGAAAGGUGACAGCGUAGCUGGGAAGCUGUCAGCUGCAAACCUGAAUGUUAGUUUGUUACAGGACAUUUAAAAGGACACUUGGGAACUUCCAGUUACAUCACUCCAUCCAAAAACCCAACAGUUCUUUUUUUGAGCUCAUAUAUGUUAUUAAAAUGUCUACCUGGAUACACCUGUGAUACUUGCAAUCUGUACCUGCAUUAGGAAAAAUAAUGCUGUUUAAACAGUUCACCAGUUUUAUACAUAAAAUGUCAGUUUAGCUAUCAUAGAGAGCACUAGCCAACCUGUGAAAACAGUUGUAUAAUGUCCUCUGUGGCUCUGAAGGGAGCUCAGAAAUCCACCCUGAUGUCCUCUUGAGUUAGAGUUGAAACUUUGGAGGGUCCAGUAUUUUUGGAGCUUCAAACGAGACACUUAAAUUCAGGAAAUCCUGGCCUCUGCUGCAUUAAUGUUGACCAUUCUUUUUUUAUGGAACUUUACGGAAAUGCAAUACUAAAUCCAAGAGUACCCCUUUAAAGGGCAAAUUUGAUGCAGCAGAGGCAGAGCAACUCCAGCAUCUGUCCAACUCCACACAAGUCUCAAGUGCAAGUUGCGAUAACGGAGUUAACUUAGAAAAGCUCCUCCAGAGCACAAAAGUACAAAAUAGCAUACAGCUGUUUUCACAGGAUCAGUACUGCCUUAUGACAACUAAAUGUUUCCUAUAUUGAUGCAUACAAACAGCAAACAUGCAAAACCACAUGCAAAGCUGAUCAGAAUUAUGUGAAAGGAUAAUCGUCAUCUUAAUGUCAGAGUGAAUUCCACUGAAGGUCAGUAGUUGACUUAUUGAAUCAUCCCCCAGCCCUGGAGGUGUCAGAGUCAGCCACGAUCAAAUGUACAAUAUUCACGCAGGGAGUUAAAAACCUAAAACUGGACAUUCCUCCUGUCUGGGAUAAGCAUUACACUCUGUGUUCAGGGGGAUUUAGGGGAAUCAGAGCUGUGACCCUGCAGCGUUAUUACAUGAUAUCAGAGCAGAUGGCAGAGGAGGGAAGACGAGUCCUCCCUGGCCAAAGGCAAAUAAGGCAGCAAUGUGCAGAAACACCUACAGUGUUAGAGUAGUUCUGAUGCCCCCUUGUGCUCACCUACGGAAACCCAAAGUGUUCAAAAUGAAACCAUUAUGAUAUGAAUAGGUGUGUCCUAUUUACAGGGAUGUACAAAUAAAUGAUAGUGAUGUAUGAUUGACAGAGUUGGUGAUCGAGAGCAGCAUUAUGAAUGGUAUGAACUAAAAAUGACCUGCAAUAAAACACUUAUUGUGAAAAGAAGCAGGAUGAAGUAGUUUUAAAAAUCUAAAGGACAAUUUCUUGGUUAUAUAUUUCUCAUUUGGACACUUUGGGUCUCUCCAUUUACCUCUACUGAGAGUGGAAACAAAGGCACCAUCCAGUCUCUGUUAUCAUCCAAAGCAGACAACCAGAAUACGUGUAAAUGCAGUUAUGUAAUUGCAUUUUUAUCAAGACUGUAUAUCCAGGUACAGAUUUUUUGUUAUAUAUAUAUAUAUAUAUAGAAAAAGUUCAUUAUAAUUGGGGCCCAAGUGGCACUCGAGCGAUAUCCUUACUGCUGUUCAUGCAGAAAACAGAUGCUAUAUUUUUCUAAGAUCAUAUCAGAUGUGAAAUAAACCAAGACGUAAUUCUCCGAAGCGUCACAGCGCUGACGUCAUCCAGUCUUCAUCAUGAGAGCAGCGGGGUUCAAACACGAGGCCUCUGGUACUUCCAGAAGCAGGAGAUUGCUCAGCCGGAUCACUUUUAUAAAUGGUAGUUUAAUAUUUUAUCAAGGCUCGACUAACAGAUGAUGAUCAUGUCAUCAAUCAGAAAGCCCCCGUCCACGUUUAAUUGGAUUCCUUAUUAAAGACGCCAAGGGCUGUUAAAUUCUGUCUGCGGGUGUGGUUUUAAGCCAGAUAUUCCUGCUUCUGGAAAUAUUGCCCAUAAAUUUAAUAUGUGUAAAGAGCAGCAUUAGCGGUACAGCCAUGUGUGUCCGUUGCUCGAGGAACUUAAUAAUCUGUCUCUUUCGUUUAGUCUUUAUACAUACAAAUGAUAUCAUUGGCAGUGACCAGACCUACUGUCUGUGAUAUUAGUCUUCAGAAAUGAUCCUCAACUAUUAAAUUUAAGUUUUUAUGGUCAUUGGGAAAUUUUAUUAAGGGUCAAACUAAAUCUAGCACUGCCAGGAAGUUUCAGGAACAGAAGUUUUGAACUGAAGACCAGGUGACGUCGGUGCAGAGAUGCUCUCGGAAAACUCAGCCACGGUUUACAGACACGAAUCAAAUUAAGGUUUCCUUGAUCAAAUCAGCUAAAAAGAGGAGUCGGAAUUUAAAUGUCAAGCGAUCAGUUUUCUGCAGCGAAGUGUCCUGUGACUCAGCAUCAGCCAGCGCGACACGAGACUGCAGAUCAUGUCAGUGCUGAACAGUUUGUGGAAAUCAUUUUUAAUCUCAUCGAUAAAUCGUGCUGCACCAGACGAUUAAUAAACCACCAUCAUCACUCUUCUGUUUGGUAUCUGUUGAUGUGUCCGUCUGUCUGUCCUCCCUCCUCCUCUCUGUAAAUCUGUCUUAUAGCUGAUGUUUAUGAAGAUGCGGUUCUAUUUACGAAAUAAAAACAUUUUUAAGAAA